GUCUUUAUUUGGGCAGGAAAUUGGAUAGCGAAAAAAAUCAGUGCCGGGCUUCCGACAAGGCGACAAAGCUCCGGGGAAAGCGUCGGCUUUCUGGGGAAGAAGAAAGAGAGCUCCGCGGUUCCAACCCGCUCUCUCUCUCUCUCUCUCUCGAUUGAUCGAUCUGGAGCUCUAGUCGCUAUCUUUCUCUUCCUUCUUUUCUCUCCUGCGCUUAUCAAUCUUCCGAUUUUAUUAUUGAAGAUUACAUAUAUUGCUUGGCUGAUUUAGUUCUGAGAAACCUCCUGCAAACGACUACAAUCAUGAGUUUUGUUUUCCGAGGGACUAGGGCUGAUAUCGAAAAUGGGUUUCCGGGAUUUAUUCCUGAGCGGCGUGCAUUUCGUGUUCAUGCAGCUCGGUCAAAUACCAACUCACUAGCAUUUCUUGUUACAGUUCUCUUGCUAUUCAUGAUAUUAAACUCGCACCAGUUGUCACCCAACUUUCUGAUUUGGCUGGUUCUUGGUGUCUUUUUUAUGGCAACAAGCCUUCGUAUGUAUGCAACUUGUCAGCAACUUCAAGCUCAGGCCCAGGCUCAGUCUGUGGCAGCUAGCAACCUUCUUGGUCAUACUGAAUUGCGAUUCCAUAUGCCACCCUCUAUAGCACUUGCAACAAGAGGACCAUUGCAAGGCCUCAGGCUCCAGCUUGCUCUUCUUGACCGGGAAUUUGAUGACCUUGAUUAUGAAGCUUUAAGAGCACUAGAUCUUGACAAUGUUUCUGCUGCUCCUUCAAUGAGUGAGGAAGAGAUAAAUGCUCUUCCUGUUCAUAAAUACAAAGUCACUGGUCCUCAAAGUGUUGGUUCAACAAUGCAACAGGCUUCAUCUUCAGCCUCGACCGAGCGGAGGAAACAAGAAGUUUCCAACACAGUUGGGAGUGCAAAGGCCUUGGAAGAUGAACUGACUUGCAGCGUCUGCUUGGAACAAGUUAAUGCGGGAGAACUCAUCCGCAGCUUGCCAUGCUUGCAUAAGUUCCAUGCUAAUUGCAUUGAUCCGUGGCUGAGGCAACAGGGGACCUGCCCGGUUUGCAAGUAUAGGGCAGGAUCAGGAUCAGGAUCGGGGUGGCAUGAAAAUGGGGAGGAAGGAGUGGAUGCUUCUUACAUGGUUUAAUUCAGCAGGUUAAAAUAUUAUACAUUUGCAUAGGCGGGAAACAAAGGGAAUCUGCAACAGCAGCGUUGUAAUUACAGGUAGGCAUUAGCAGUAGAAUGUCUAGAACACCAUCACUACUAACCCACCAAAAAAUGUGUAAUCCCUCCCUCAACUUUCUCCAAUUGGAACCUUUUUUUUUGAAGAGGAAAAAGAAAUAUCUGCUCUUAACAACGGGUUGUUGGGUGCCUAAUUUAGUGUGUCAAAUAGUGUGGAAAGCAAUGAGAUUAUAUUUUAGCAGCAGGCCCAUUUUAGGGGCAGACCUCAGGAAGCAGCAGCGAGCCCACAACUAUGGGCAUCGUGGCUGUGGUGGAUGAGGACCUGAAAUUUCAAUUCGACUCUUACCGCCUUUUUUUAUUUAAUAAAAUGGGAUUGGAAAGGAAUGGAAUAAGAACUAUAAACUAACAAAUUUCUUUCCCUGCCUAUAAAAUAGAGUCUGAAAGUUUUACCUUAA